CUUCCUCUUCACACAUCUCUGCUUGACUCUCCCUCUAUCAUUUCAGAGGAAAGAUGCAGUCGCUGGAUGUCUGUCUGAUUCUCCUGCUCAACGCUGGACGAGUCGCUGCGCAGCAAGAUGCAAAUGUGUGUUACAUUCUGGAUGCGAUUCUGGUUGUUUACGGCAUUGUGUUGACUGUCCUUUACUGCAGAUUAAAGAUGCGUUCGUCUGGAGAUAAAGCUUUCUCAGAGAAGCGAGAAGGGGACAUUUAUCAGGAUCUGGGACGGCAAGACAAGGACACCUACGACACUCUGCAUCCCGAGAAGAAAAAGCCGCUGGCCUGAGAAACUCUCAAACUGUGCAGCUCUUUCAGUCUACAUGCCCUAAAAACUGUAUUUUCGCUUUGUUUAUAAGUAAGCAAACUAGCAGAGCUUUAUGAGAUUCUGCUUUAUUGUGCUUGUUUGCAUGUGUCUUUGAGACAAAUGUCACAAUUAAUGUAUAAUAUACACGUGUAAGGCUCUUCAUUUUAACAUAAUAAACUUAUAUUUUGAACUUG